UAAAGCUUUACGCUUUCCGCUGGUUUCUUUGAUUAUAAUAGAAGUGCUUUCGUUCGUGGAAGUUUCAGGUAAAACUAAAUGUUCACGAUAAAAUUAUAAAUUGGCGCCAGUUUAUGAUUUCAAGUUGAUCAUCUUAUCUCCGAGUCCUACAGAUGAACAGGUGCCUGUGUAUUCCCCUAUAAUUUUAAUUGAGGCUAGACACCAUGUUGACAAUGAUGAACAGCAGUACCAAGAAUUUGCUCUUGUUGGAAGGCCGCGUAGGAAGUCAUAGUACAAAAAAUGCUCGUGGCCGUCUUCUAUUAGCUUUGAUUUGGUUGUUUAUUCAGCAUUGUUUUCAUGAUGUCGAUGCAGUGUUGGUGCAGCAACUACAGGAGGAGAUGGAGAAGGAGGACGAAGCCGAGUUCAACAAAGUUCUUGUGCAGGCGAAGCGAGAGGAGGAGAAGCACGAUCACCCGACGUUGGGAGAUGACGACAGUGCACCGGUGACUAUCCAGGAAAAAACACCCAUCCCCAUCCAAUUUGUCAUGCAAAACAUGCAUAAAAUCCACUAUUUGUCAUGCAAAACAUGGAUGGGGAUGGGUGUUUUUUCCUGGAUAGUGACUGCUGUGCUCGGAUCCAUGGAUGCCGCGGAGUAUCAGGAAGCGAAGGGCGUCGUGGCGCCGCUGCAGGCAACGGCUGAGCACGUGGAACAGGCACUGGAAGUUGUUGUUGGCGCAAGUAGUGGAGGUGGACUUGCUGCCAAAAAUAAGACGAGCAAUGAUCCCGAAAGGAGCAAUGUUGCAAAGAACAAAAUAAGCGCGGACCAGGAGCAUCGGGUGGAACAAGCGGCCCUCACCAACAAGGAACAGCAGGACGAGGAAGGGGAAGUAGCGGCUUCUAAUGUGCAAGCAGCGCAGGAGAUGCGUGCGCGCGGGGAGAGUCAGUCGCACAAUGGCGGGGUGUUCGUGAUCGGCGACGGGGAGCAGGUGAUUGAGGCCUCCAAUCCCUACUUCAUUCCGCACAACCAGGCGCCCCUCCACACGUGGGUGACCUGGCGCUGGACCACCGCGAGCAAAGAGUACGAGGACGAAAAGUGCGCGGUCCUCGAGAUGGCCGCCGCGGUGGCGGCACUGCAGAAAAACGGGACUGCGCGGGAGGAGAUCCGCGCAAGAAUGGUGAGCGGGAAGGAAAAGCUGCUCGACCCGAACAACCCUUGUUACAAGAAGCUGGUCGGCGAAGACUGGACGCAGGACGUCCUGGUCGCGCUGCCCCUGCCCUGUCAGGAAUUCCAGCAGAUCACGCAGGAGGUGGUGACCAAACGCAGCCAAGUAAGCGAAGCCAAGGCAGACAAACGCAUCCGGGAAACGGCGCAGAUGCGGCGCGAGCACAAACUGUGCAAUGAGUUGGGGCACUUGCGACCGGGGGAGGCGGAGAAGGACUCUCGCAUCGUUGAGAAGCAGAAGGAGCACCUCUACUACCAGCUUCCGCGCACGAUGCUCAGCUUCAGCGGUAUCCAGCUGAAAGGCUGCCGUGUUGUGGCGGGCCACCUGUGGAGCGAAUUUUACCCGGGUCAGGGCAGAGGCAUUGAAAAGGUGCUUUGGUGCUACACAAUGGAUACGAACCUAGAAAUCCUGUUGCGGCUGAUGAAUGUGGAGGGAGGAACGAGUCUCAUCGAUGGGCAGCACAAGGAAAACUUUUUUCGCACGUACUUGGAAUUUUCCAGCCUGCAGAACGUGCCGCAGCGACCGCCCCCUCACAGUCUGUACAAAGCGUUGGUGCCCGACUCGCAGAAGGCGGCGAUCGAAGGCAGGCAACAGGUCAGACGGGCCGGUGCCGGAGCAAAGAAAACGAAAAACAAAGGAUUGCUCGGUCUGCGCAGGCGGUCGAAAAAUGCUCCUGAAGACGCAAAACUAAAAUCUGAGCAAGUAGAGGUGUCGGAGGUGCGGUCCGAACACGAAGAACCGCAGAGCAGUCAAGUUGUUGCUCGUGGUCCCUUGGCGUCAACAUCAAACAAGGGCGCUAUCGCAUUGGAAGAUGUUGGUCCUGCUCGCGCAACAUCCAGUACCAGUUCCGCUUCCAGCAUUGUCGACGUCGUGGAGGACUACUAUGCCAAAGCGGAGGAGAUUAUGGUUUCUGAUUCUGCGCAAAAUUCUACUGCGGACGGCAGGAGCAGCGCCACGGCACAGAUGAGCCCGGACGUCGACACAGCCGUCACCAGCUUGGAGCCCGCCACCGCGAAGAAGAUGCCCACGAGUUCCGCCACGACCUCUUCUUUUCUCUCAUCCACCCGACGAUUAAGUCUACUGCAACGCACGAAAAUGUUGGGCGACGAGGGGGAAGGUAAUGCUAAUGAACCAGAGCUCGGCUUCCUUGGCCGCAUGCGAGCGCGGCUGAAGAAAGCAAAAACCGCGGUGGUCGACAAAGUGGCAAAGCCCGUGGCAAAGCGGGCGCGAUCUGGCGUGUCGCGCAUUAUGCGCAAGAUUAACCUUAUCCAAGGAAAAAGCUGUUUUUGUGUAACUCUACGUCUACCUCUUUCUUGGAAAUAGCAUGACAUACAAUUAUGCUUGGCAUGACACAGAUGAAAAGAACCUGUGGUCAUGCUCAUGCGUAUCUAGGGCGGAAUGAAUAAAGCACCUAGGGAACAACAAGUCGUUUACGAUGCAAAUGCAUAGACAUUAUCAAGCAGAAGCAUGACUACAAUCGUCGACCACAAAGUUACAGCUGCACGGAUUUUUUCUUGCAUAGCCCCGGUGCUUAAACCAUUGGGAGAGAAGGCACAGGAUAUCCUCCUCGGCACCGAGUAUCCUCUGCAAAAGUAAUAUCGUCGUCGUAGUACUAAUUUCGAAACCAUGUUGCAUGAGAAAUCUAGGCGUCUCCCGGAUCUGACAAAUUGAAAGUAGUCAAAUUGCAUUUUCAUUUUGAUUCUUGAUGUUUCUAAUUCUAUUUCACUCAACGCUUACAUCGGUAUCUGUCCUCCAUCCUCGUCGUUCGGUUUUCCAAAUUGUUUUUUUUCGGAUAUCCACGAAUAAACUCCUACUUCUUGUUUUCACCCUGAGCACCAGCCCAACAAAAAACUGACCCCAUUAGUAUUGUGCGGCGGGUUCGGAUAUUCCUUGAGCCAAAACGGCCACAGCAAAGAUUCCUCCUCAUGCAGUUGUAGUUUGUUUAUUAAAAAAAUAAUAUUGUGUCAGUGACGCGCGAUUACGAUACUACUUUUCCCAUGCAUACCGAGGGCAAGGAGGAAAACGUCGACAAGGAGAUGAUCGCGGCUCCGCAGAAAUUUGUACCCCGGGUCGAAGUGGUGGCCGAGCUGUGCAAGCUAUGCAUUGCAAAUAUCACUGGUUCUGAUCCUGAAGGCAAGAAAAGAGACACUUGUUAUGCACCAGUUCUUGCAUUGCAAUCGGAGAAGGUCUGGAAAUGGAACAAUGCAGCUCAUGUUGAUAGUCAUAGGUAGAGCCGGACAGCUGAUGCGGAACCUUCUCCUUCCGGUCGCCUAGUCUACUGCAUAGAGAAGUGUAGCCCUCUCCUAGAGGCGACAAAAACCAUCAGACUUCUUUGCUGACUAUGCAACGCAGGUUAAUUUUUUUGGCGUUUUGCUUUGUUAUUGUUUUCCAGCAACUGCAACGCCCCCAUCACUGGUUUGCAUCCUUUCAGAGGACCCAGACAUGUUUGCAAGUGAUACAAGCAGGAGGGGCGCAAUUUGAUGAUCAGUUGGCUGAAGCUCCCGCUGGAGAUCGCGAUUCCGUUCCUGAUCACCUGGAAGCUGGGUGCUCUGGAUAAGCUGUUUCAUAACACUUUGAUGCCGUUCAUUCAUGAGCACUCCCCGUGGGUGGAAACCCUCGUGGCUUCGGGGGUAAAUGUUGCCCGCGGGAUGACUUCGUACGCCCACGGCACGGUGUACGAGACCGCCUCUCGCUACCGGCUCCCGUUUGCAAAAUGGACGGGCUACAGCGACCCGAAGGUGGUUCUCGACAUGGUCAAGCACGAGGGCCUCUCCCAGGUCUCCACAAUGGUCGGCGUCGACCUGAAGAGCGACGACGCAUUGGACGACAGUUUGGUUGCCUCCAAGCUAACCAAAAGCUACUUGACCGAUCAUUCCAAUGCCAACAGCCUGGUGGGGGGGCAGCUGAAAACAGCGAAGGGAUGGGCGGAGGGGAAGGUCCGAGUCAUCGCGGACCAGCAACCGAAGCAGUUGAUCAUGGGCAUGGGCCACCAAACGAUUUUCAAGGAGCGCCAAAAUCAGCGUACGGGUCAGCUCGGCGCAGCGACCGAGGAAAAGCGAACCAGCGCACAGAUUCUGAGUGACCGUGCCGAUUUGGACAAAAAAAUGCUUCACAAUUUGGUGAAGACCACCGCACGGGUUGAAGACGCCACGGCAAAAAGUUUCUUGUUGAAGAAUAUUAAAUCUCCCAACGCGAUGAACAUCCAAAGUGCAGUUCCUCCAGAUGAAGAACUUCUACAACAGGAAGCUAGUAUUCCUGCAGCAGCAUCAGACGAGGAAGAUGUGGAAGGAGCAAAAAAGAAAGCUUCACGUCCUGGUGCACCGCCUCCCUCGUCUCCCGCUUCUUUGUCGGGAGCUGCCCGUGUUCAAAACCAGAACCCAACGCCGGCACGUACAACCGCUGACGAGAAGGUGGCGGAGAACAAGGGCAAGGCAGCUGCUCAGGUGGACGAGGUCCAUGAUGUUGAAACAAGUGUCACCAGCUUUCUGGCGUUUGUGCAUGCACAGUUUCUGGAGCGAGCGAGCCAACACGUGUGGUACCAAGCUGGUACUUCUUCUACACUGGGAACAAAUUCCACAGCGCUCGGUGCAUCUAGUUGGUUGGAAAAAAUCGGUGCAACUGCAACUACAUCUCAAGCAGACGAGGACCAGGAUUUAAUACUGGAGGUAAAUGUAAAUGCGGUGGACCUGAACCGUGCAUUGGCUCUGGUGGAAGAGCCAGACUUGGAUCCUAUUCUUCCCUCGUUUCUGGAUGUGGAAGAGCAUUUUGAAUUGGUGGAACAUCAUGAAGAACACGAGCAGGAGGACUCGGGUUCGAAAACCCCGAAAGCAGCCACGACGAGUGCUGGUGGAGUUACGAACGCCAAGAAGAAAACGAAGAAAAAGCUUGUUACGGUGAAGCGCGAGAAGAAGUUUCUCGAGCGGGUGAAGGAGCAAUUCUGGCAAACCGGUCCCGUUGCGGCGUUGAGGCAGUACCGCCGCCAGUUUCGAGUUGCUUUCGACGCGACCCUGAAGGGUUGCGUGAAAAGUCACUUCAACCUCAAGGAGCAGGCGAAGCUGCAGCAAGCUUACAAAGAGGCAGCACUGAACGAAACGAAAAAAUUCUUUGACGACCAUGCUGCGAAGGAACAAGAUGUACAACAUGCUGCGAAGGAACAAGAUGUACAACUACAUGCUGCGAAGGAACAAGAUGGUGCUCGGGAAGAGGUGGCUCCUGAUUUGCUGAAUACCACCUCCGAGGGGAAAGAAAGGGUGGAUCAGAUGCAAUGAAAACAUAAUCAGGAAAAAAGCCAAACUCCCAUUUGGCUUUCCAGCUCAACUAUUAUUAUUAUCGAAGUUUCCAGCUCAACUACUUAAGUACUACCUUCUCUAUCAAGGAUCAUAUUGAGCAACUUUGUUUUUUCUUUUUUCCAUUCCAGUUUUCAAAACAUUCACAUUCAUGUUGGUCUCCAGUAUCUCAGUUUGUAAUUGUAACAGUUUCUUUGAUAUCUUAAGAUAUGACAGUGUGCACGUCCAACAAAGAAGAAAGAAUGUGAAUAGAUCAGUCACUAUUCAUCCAGGACAAGCACAAGAAUGAUGAUGAUGAUGAUGAUAUGACUUUAUGUUUAUUGUUGUUCAGUCACUUUGUUUGAAUUUAAAAGGAUUUAUCAUGAUUACCAAGCAGGCACACUAAGUAAUGACUUUGAUGAGGUUGACGACCACGACGUCGCACAACUGUAAAACAAAGAUAUAUAUAAAUAAUUUGCGAAUAGACUGGUAGACGAAGAUCCAUGGAUAUUUAUGAGUUGAUGUUGAGGAUGAUCAUUUAUUUUUAGGUGGUCCUGCCCCACCUCGCGGGAAGGGCCGGUCUGCUGCGUGUAUGUGCCAAUGAAGAAAACAAAAACGUAAAGAUGUGGAUCAUGAUGGUCGUAGUUCUAAUCAUUAUCAUUCUUUGGUUUCCGGGGCCCCUAAGGUGC